AUGACUAGCAAUAAUCGUCCAGCAGGCAAUGCAGCUGCCAACAGAUCAACAGCCAACGGUCAAGCAGCGCGCACAUGCCAAUUCAAGAUGGUUCUACUAGGAGAAUCAGCAGUAGGAAAGUCAUCGUUAGUACUUCGAUUUGUCAAAGGACAAUUUCAUGAAUACCAAGAGUCAACAAUUGGUGCAGCUUUUCUUACACAGACUGUUUCGGUUGAUGAUACGACAGUUAAGCUCGAAUUAUGGGAUACUGCUGGUCAGGAAAGAUAUCAUUCAUUAGCGCCAAUGUACUAUCGUGGUGCACAAGCAGCUAUCGUUGUUUAUGAUAUAACCAAUGCGGAUACGUUCAGUCGAGCUAAAGUAUGGGUUAAAGAGUUACAACGUCAAGCAGCACCGAAUAUUGUUAUUGCAUUAGCUGGAAAUAAGGCUGAUUUAGCUGCCAAACGUCAAAUCGAAGUCGUUGAUGCUCAAGCAUACGCAGAAGAAAACGGUUUAAUAUUUAUGGAAACAUCCGCUAAGACAGCAGUAAAUGUUAAUGAUAUAUUUAUGGCAAUAGCGAAAAAAUUACCGAAAAAUCAAGAUUCGUCAACGCCAGGUGGAAAAUCACCGGGUGGUAAUUCGAUAACUGUCGAUCGGCCAGUAAAUUCCGUCGGAAGUGGAAGCGAUGUAGGAUGUUGUGGUAGUGGCACUAAGUGA